AUGCGGGACCUUUGGCAUUUCCUUGAAUUGCUUUUCAUAUUCGGCGAUCUCGGGCUUAAAAUACCCGCAAACGCAGAAAUGAUUCCAAAAAAGAUGCCAGAGUUGCCGUCGGAUUUGAUUUAUGACGCGGAAAGCCACAAAUUCAAGUUGCUGCCAAGCCGUGAAGAGAUGGCGGAGCGGCUGACGGACGGCUCCGAACGCCAGAAAGCCAUUUUCUUUCAACUCUACGACUCUGCACUUGGCGAGUUCGACGUGAAAGGCUAUAAGUGGCUGAUGGACUCUGCCCCUGGAUUGCAAAUGGCAGCCAUGAUGUCGCUCAUGAUGGUCAAGGGUCUGGUGCAGUCUGUAGCAGGCACUGUCAUCGACAUUGUGCCUCCUCUUAUUCCCCCUCCUGUGUGGAUAAACCAGUGA